AUGGCAGAAUUGGUUAACUAUUUAUUCGCUAUGGAAGAUAACAAUCAUAAUGGAAUAAUUAAAAUUCUUACUUCGAUAAUUGACAAAACACCAUCUAAUAAUAAAGCUCAAAUGAUUCUUUUGUUAAAAGGUCGAAUUAAAGCUUAUUUUCGAAUGGUAUUAAAUGAUUGUAUUAAAUUAGCAUCGAUGGGCUAUAUUACUGCAGAUGAUGAACAAAUCUCAAUUAUCGAAGGUGAGGCUGAAUAUAGAGUCGCUAAACAAAAGGCAGUAAAAAAUUUCAAUAAUAUUUCAAAUAAAUUUAAACAGAAAAAAAUUGCUAAUUGGGCUAGUAAUCUUGAUGCAAUUGACGAGGAUAAAAUGUUUGAUAAGUAUGUUUAA